GCCGCAUCCAACACAUCAAAGGCCAAUCACCGUGGGCUGACAGAUGCAUGGCACAGUAACAUAUCUAUGCAUCUUGUGUAACUCCCGGUUGAGCUGCACUGCGGCGUCGCGAUAAUUGCAACUGUGGUUGUGGCUGCGGCUGAAUUCUAGCUAGCCUCGCAAGGCUGCAAAAGGGCCGGAGUGUUUAUAACAACAUCUCACUCCCGGCCCCGUCGCCAUUCGAUCCCCAUCCCAAGCGCUGCUGUCCAGAUCUCGCCUUACACGCCGCCGGGCCCAAUCAAACCCCGCCCACCGCGCCUCCACGUGAAAUCACCCCACGAGCCCAGCAGCAACACAACAUCCCGCACCAUGCUCCCCAACAUGCGCCGCAUAUCCGGCCUCUUCUCCGCGCCGAAGACCACCUUUCAGAUCCUCUCCGACCUGCACCUAGACCACGAUGCGCAAUACCUCACCUUCCACAUACCGGUCGCAGCGCCCUUCCUCAUCCUCGCCGGCAACAUCGGCCGCCUCAUCGACUACGAAUCCUACCUCUCCUUCCUGAUCCGCCGGUGCAACCUGCACGAGAAAGUGUUCUUGGUGCUCGGCAGCCUGGAGUUCCACGGACUGGGCUGGAUGGACGCGCUGCAGCUCGCGCACCGCAUGGAGCAGGAGCCCGCGACCAAGGGGCGGCUGGAGGUGCUGUACGAGACGCGCAGCGAGGUGCCGGGGACGAAUGUGGUGAUUCUGGGCGCUACGCUGUGGAGCCGUGUGCCGGAUGCGGAUGUCGCCGCGGUGGUCAAGAAGGUGCGCGAGUUUGAUGAGCAGGAGGGAAUUCAAGGGGGGUGGAGCGUCGAGAAGCACAAUUCCGAGCACAAGCGGGAUCUGCGGUGGCUGCGGCAGGAGGCCACGAAGAUGACGAAGCCGGCGGUUGGGCCGGAUGGGAAGCAGGUAUCUGGUUUUGCGACGGGGCCGGAGGCCAAGCAGGUCCUUGUUGUGACGGCGUUCGCGCCGGAUUUGAGGGAUGCGCUGGAUCCGUGGCAAGUUGAUGCACCGUGGAGUUCGGCGUACGGGACGGAUUUGUUGAGUGGGAGCGACUGGGCGGGGGUGAAGAUGUGGGUCAGCGGGACGACAGGGCGGACAUGCGAGUUCAAGAAAAACGAUAUUACUGUGGUGAGUAAUCAGAGGGGACGCGAGGGCGAUCACGUCACUGGGCUGUUGAAAGACGGGAUGUCGGAAAAGCAAAAAAUUGGGCUGUUCGAUGUCAUGAGAGUGAUCAAGGUGUGAUUCGCGGUAAUGGUAAUGUAAUAAUCAUAGAGAACCUAUAUUUUGCCUGUAAUGCUUUGAGGUUAUCUUGUCUGCUUGUCUUGGGCCAUGUCCUUUUAAUCUACACU